AUGACGCUGGAGGAGCUGCUGCCCGGUGACUACGCGGCCGGGAGGAUGAGGUCGGUCGGCGCGGCGCUGGAGCGGCUCUUGGUGGCGGCGCAACGGCAGGGCUGCCUGACGGUGGGCGUCUACGAGGCCGCCAAGCUUAUGAACGCCGACCCGGACAGCGUGGUGCUUUGCCUGCUGGCGGCGGACGAGGCGGACAUCGCGCUACAGAUCCACUUCACGCUCAUCCAGGCCUUAUGCUGCGCCAACGACAUCCACAUCCUGCGCGCCUCCGGCCUGGAGCGCUUGGCGGCCGUGCUGGGCGAGAAGCCCCCGGACGGCGGCGGCGGCGGCGGGGAGCCGCGGGACCUGCACUGCCUGCUGGUGACGACCCCGCAUACGGAUUCGUGGGGCAGCCAGGGCUUGGCGGAGGUGGCCCGAUUCUGCCAGGAGAGCCGGUGCAGAGACCAGUGGGUGCCCUACCUGGCUCUGCACGCGCGCUGAGGCCCUGGCCCGUGUCUGGUGCGGAGCGUCGCGUGUGCAACAGUCCGAAGGGAAGAAUGUUGUUUCUGUACAAAUUCCGCGAGCGCCUGACGGUCGGCAGGCGAGCGGUGGGUGAGUCACGCGAGAGAGUGGAGCAGAGCCAGCAGAAGGUCUGACUUGGUCCCGAGGAGGAGGAGGAGGAGGGGGCUACGCUGCUGCUCCCUCAGCUGACUGCUCCGGAGGAGGAGGAAGAAGCAGAGGCGGCGGGCUGGCGGCUGUGGGAACGUGUGGGCGCCAGGCUCCCCGUGGACGGAGGCGGUCUUCCUGCUGCCUUCCUCCCUGCCCAGGAGAGACGCCGCCGCGAUCAGCUGGAACGCCAAAUCGCCCGGAGGAGUUCCGACGUGGGGCGGGGCUGCGGGCUCCUCUCCCGGGACUGUCCCCGAAGAGAAAUAGCCAGGAGGCCCCGGAUUGCGAGCUUGUGCGAAGAGGAGGGAGCUCCAGCCCUCAGCCGAGGAGGGUUGUUCUACUUUUUAAAAACUUCCUGAUACUGACGCUUAUUUAUUUAUCUUGGAAGACUUGGAAGGUUUGUUUACCACUUUCCUCUGAAGAUGAAAGGAGAUGCGGGAGCCAAAUGCAAAUUUAUUCUGGAUUAAAAGGGUAAUAAACACGUGUUAUGUUUGCAAGUAA